AUGGGUGAGAAAAAGGAAGAAACGGCGACGAAACCUCAAGGAGAGAAGAAGCCCGUCGACGCAAAAAAGGGAGAUGGUGGCGGCAUCAUCACCGUCGUCAUGAAGCUUGAUAUGCAUUGCGAAGGUUGCGGGAAGAAAAUCAAACGGCUCUUAAAACAUCACAAAGGCGUGGAAGAUGUGAAUAUUGAUUAUGCGGCCAACAAAUUGACGGUGAUCGGAAACGUAGAUCCAGCGGCAGUUCGGGAUAAAGUCGCCGAGAGGAUUAAGAGAAAGGUCGAACUCGUCUCUACAGUGGCGCCGAAGAAGGAAGCUCCUCCUCCUUCAGGCGGUGAGAAGAAGCCGGCAGAUGAGAAACCAGCGGAGAAGAAGCCUGCCGCCGAUGAGAAAUCCGGCGAGAAAAAGGAGGAGAAGAAGAAAGAGGAAGGAGAGAAGAAAGCUCCUCCUGCUCCUGCCCCACCAAAAGAGAGUACGGUGGUUCUGAAGACGAAAUUACAUUGCGAAGGUUGCGAACACAAAAUCAAAAGAAUAGUCAACAAAAUUAAGGGGGUUAAUUCAGUUGCCAUUGAUAGCGCCAAGGAUUUGGUGAUAGUGAAGGGGAUAAUCGACGUGAAACAACUCACUCCUUAUCUCAACGAGAAGCUUAAACGCACGGUUGAAGUAGUUCCGGAGAAAAAGGACGACGGAGCCGCCGUGAAGGCUCCGGUGGCAGCUCCCGAGAAGAAGGACAAGAGUGUCGGUGAAAAGAAAGAGAAUAAAGACGUCGGAGAAAAGAAGGACGGUGGUGGCGAAAAGAAGAAAGAAGUUGCCGCUCCCGCAGUAGGAGGAGGAGGAGACGGUGGUGCUACGGUGGAUGUGAAGAAGUCGGAGUAUAACGGUUACGGUUAUCCUCCGCAGCCGAUGUAUUACUACCCACCAGGACAAGCGUACGGUCAACAACAUUACAUGAUGCAAGGUCAAUCAUCACAAUCGUACGUACAAGAACCGUAUACGAGCCAAGGAUACGUACAAGAAUCGUAUGCGAAUCAAGGAUACGGCCAAGGGUAUGGACAAGAAGCAGCAGCACAAACACCGUACAUGAACCACCAAGGCUAUGCAGAUCCUUAUGCUCAUAUGCGUGCGCCUGAGAUGUUUAGCGAUGAGAAUCCAAAUGGUUGUUCUGUUAUGUGA